GUGAAAAUGAAAAGUCAGUGCCGCUGAUUGCAGUCACUUUGUUGGGCUAUUCGCUAUGAACCUCCAAGUGGAACCACCACAAGAGAAGAAGAAGAAGAAGAAGAUUAAGAACUCGUCGCCACCGUCGUUUUCUCUACUCCCAGACGAAAUCGCCAUGAACUGCCUAGCUCGGAUCUCGCGGUCGUACUACCCAACGCUCUCAGUCGUUUCGAAAAGCUUCCGCUCGAUUAUCUCUUCCACCGAGCUCUACGCAGCCAGAUCUCAUAUCGGAACCACCGAGCAGUGUCUAUAUGUCUGCAUACGGGAACAUGAAAGUCGAUUUCCCCAAUGGUUUACACUCUGGAUUAACCCUAAUCGAACCUUGCCGGACUCCAUGAUUAGGACGAGGAGAAGGAAGAAGAAGAAGAAGACAAUUGGACAGUUGUUGGUUCCGAUUACCUAUUCUAAGUUUCCUUCUCUGUCAGUUUCCACCGUCGUUGGCUCAGAACUUUAUAUCAUCGGCAGACCAGUCUAUGGAGCACCGUCUUCUGCCGUGAGAGUCCUCGAUUGUCGCAGUCACACCUGGCGCGAUGCACCUAGCAUGAAUGUAGCCCGGAGAAAUCCACACACUUGUGCCUACAAUGGGAAAAUCUAUGUAAUGGGAGGGUGUGAGGACGAAUCAUGGGCUGAGGUGUUCGAUACAAAGACUCAAGUUUGGGAACGCCUCCCUGAUCCGGAUUCUGAGAUUCGCAAGUGCCUCAUUUACAAAAUUGCAGAGAUUGAAGGAAAACUUAACUUUGGCAAUCAUGAGGAGAUGUAUGCUUAUGACACGAAGCAUUGUAGAUGGGAAAAGUGUGUACCUGACAAAUUUGAAACUGUUGCGAGGUUAAAAUGUAUGAUUGAGAAUGUAUCCUACUCCUUUAAUCCUGAAGCUAUACAUUUUUGCCUCCGCGAGUUCCAGUGGUAUGACGAAGAAAAGGGUUAUUGGAAAGGGAUUAAUGGGUUAAACUCACUAUUUCACAAGUUCAUGAAGAAUGGUGGUUCAAUGUAUUAUAUGACUCACCUAGUUAGCUGUGGUGGGAAACUCAUAUUUUUAUGGCCAGGUUAUAUGAAGCAUAAUCCCAAUAAUACGAAUAAGAUUUGGUGCGCGGUUAUCGUGGUAGAAAAGCGUCGUGGAAGUGAUGGAGAUGAGGUUUGGGGAAAUGUUGAGUGGGUUGAUGUUGUGCAUACCGUCCCCAUAUCAUGUGACCUCUUAGAAUGUAUCGUUGUCUCGGUUUGAUUGACUUUGCAUCCAAGGACUUAACAUGAAUGGACUGUUUGGAGAAAGGACAAGGAAUCAGAGGCAAAAGGAGCACAACUCGAUUGAAGGGUAUUAAUUAGUUAAGGACUGGUUAACAGUCACUCACGUUCGUUAACUCAUUUUUGAGUUGAGUUUUGUGGUCAUAAAUUUAGAAAAAUUUUCAUCGAUAAAUCAUGAGUUGUGUCUUUAACAUUUUUUUUAAGUGAUGAUGACU